AUGUGCAGGCCAGGUGGAUUAGAUGGAGAGCCUCCAAACUGCACUGGGCCCCAGCUUCCAGUCAGCACUGGGCCCCAGCCUCCAAACCGCACUGGGCCCCAGCUUCCAGUCUGCACUGGGCCCCAGCCUCCAAACCGCACUGGGCCCCAGUCUCAAGACCGCACUGGGCCCCUGCUUCCAGUCUGCAAUGGGCCCCAGCCUCCAAACUGCACUGUGCCCCAGCCUCCAGGCUGUACUGGGCCCCAGCCUCCAAACCUCACUGGGCCCCAGCUUCCAGUCUGCACUGGGCCCCAGCCUCCAAACCGCACUGGGCCCCAGUCUCCAGACCGCACUGGGCCCCAGCCUCCAAACCGCACUGGGCCCCAGCCUCCAGACCGCACUGGGCCCCAGCCUCCAAACUGCACUGUACCCCAGCCUCCAGACAGCACUGGGCCCCAGCCUCCAGACCACACUGGGCCCCAGCUUCCAAACUGCACUGGGCCCCAGCUUCCAAACCGCACUGGGCCCCAGCUUCCAGUCUGCAAUGGGCCCCAGCCUCCAGACCGCACUGGGCCCCAGCCUCCAGACCACACUGAGCCCCAGCUUCCAAACUGCACUGGGCCCCAGCACUAG